CCACGCAUGCAGCUGCAUGAGCAUGAGCAGGUGGUGCCAAUGGUCCAAGCCCAAUCCUUCGCCUAAAGCAAUAAUGAGCUGUGUGGUUGACGGUUCGGUGACAAAUGAGAUACUAUGGUACAUUUUUUUGACAGCUUUUCCAGUGAUCCAAGCCCAACCCUUCCGCUAAAGCAACGAAGCCGUCGUGGGGCAAGUCGGUGGCAAAGGAGAUGGUGGCAGACAGCUUUUCAUCCCCCCCGCAUUUUUGCCUUUCAGGUGAAACUGGCCGGCACUGCGGGCGUGCGGGUGGAGGAGCUCACGCCCCACCGAUCCGUCGUGAAAGUUGCCAACGUCCGACGAGUGCAGAACCACAUCGGGAGCGUGCACGCGUGCGGCAUGGCUCUCGCCGCGGAAUCCGCCACGGGAAUCCUGGUCGGCAUGAGCGUGCCCGACAGCCGGCUGCCCCUGUGCAAGAGCAUGGCGAUCGAUUUCACAAGGCUGUCGCAAGGCGAUGUAACGGCCGUGGCGGAGCUAAGCGAAGAGCAACUUACGGCCGUUCGAGACCAAGAGAAGGGGGAGGCGAAUGUACAGGUGACGGUUACAGAUGAAUCCGGGAAAGAGCCUAUCCGAGCGGAGUUCGUGUGGGCCUGGGUCCCCAAGCGACGGAAAAAAUAAUACGUCGUAAAGAGGAAGGGUUGUGAAUAGAAACAUGUAGAAUAGUCGGUGGAAACGGCCACGCUGUGGGUACUAAGGAUAGCGAGAAUGGUGUAUGGAAAGAGCACUGAGGUUCGUUCUGGGCGCUACUCUGUUUGCCAGAGGGCACCCGGGGUGGGUGGGGGGUGGGGUGGGGUGGGGGGGUCCCCUUGCGCUGAGCUGCGUUAGGCAAUUGUUUUGCUGCAAGUUCGGAACGUUCCUGAGACGGGCGGCUUGGGCUUCUUGUCGUACCAAGUGAUGUUGUUGUUGAUGUUGUUGUUGUUAGGAAACAUAAAUACAAACACAGAAAUACCACCCAUUCGAGAUAUGACCACAGUCGAACGGGAUGUGUUGAAGUCUUAACAGUGUAUGGGGAAACCUGCUGGGUACAUGGCAUAUUUAGAGUCUAUUUAUGUUGUUGUUGUUGUUGUUGUUGUUGUUGUUGUUGUUGUUGUUGUUGUUGUUGUUGUUGUUUUUUGGCCAACAAAAGCCACCCAGGUCUUACCUCAUAUCCGUACCGACCGGGUGAUCCAACGUACCCGUGAAAAAGGUGAAGAGAGCCG